AUGCAGAUACGCAUCCUGCGGGACCUCGGGAGUGCAGACGAGCUGGCGGCAGCCUACGCCCGCGCGCCGGAGCUGGCGCCCCGACGCCAGCCGGACAAGGCCGCGUCGGGCAGCGCGGCCGCGGCGAUUCCCGCACGCACCGGCAGCGGCGGUAGCAGCAGCUCUCAGCUGCUGGCGGAGCGCCGCCACUGGUGGCAGCAGGACGGGCCGGUUGCCGCGGAAGAGAUCAAGGCGACAACUACGGAGGACAUCUUGCAUAUCCAUCGGGAAUUCAUGCAGCUCGCACCCAUUGAGCUGUUUGCCUUGCAGCGGGAGGAGGAGGGGUGGGGCUACGUGGAGCCACGCGGCGAGGACAGCGGCGGCGGCAGCGGCGGCAGCGGCGGCAGCGGCAGCAGCGAGGGCGCGGCGGCAGGAAGCCCCGUCAGCGGCCUGAGCCUGGCGGCAGGGCUAGGGGAUGACUCGCCUUGGGCCGGCGGGGGUUGCAUAGAGAGCGUCCUGUAUUACGGGACGCGCGAGCUGCCCGCAGGGUAUGCUCCUGGGAGCCCGCACGCGAGGCUGUUCGAUCUGAUGAACCGGUUUGGCGGCGCCUUCAAGUUUAUGCAGAUUCUCGGCACACCCGCCCUCUUCGCCUUGUAUGGCGCCAACCUGAGCACCGGGGUGAGGUUCGCCACGCCCGUCCCGGACAGCCACUGGCACACCGUCGUGUCCAAGCUGGGCUUGACACCUCAGCAGCGCGCCGACGUGGUGGCCAUCCAGAAGCUCCAUGCCAAGUUUAUGGAGAGGUCCGGCGGGCCGGGGCCGGGGCCGGGGCCGGGGCCGGGGCGGCGCGCCGCUGGAGCGGAGCGGCUGCGCGGCACCGUGGCCGGCGCCCAACACGUGCUGGCAGAGCGCGCGGAGCUGCAGCUGCUGCUGGCUGAGCUGGACACUGGGGCCGCCAGCCGGGACGCCAAACC